AGCUAUGUACCUAUAUGGUUUACCUACCCGACCAUACACGGGUAUUCAUGUGCCCACCUGGCUCAGAGACAAAGACAGCCAUGCCAAUUUACGCAGUUUUCAUAAUUAAUGAAUGAAUCUUCAAAUGUGCUGUGAAAUGUAUGCGGGUGGAUCGGUGCUGAUGCUGUAUGGAGCCGAAGGCUGCCUGUCAUAGGCAUGGACAGAGCAAUUUUCAAGACCUCUGUUGUAUACCGGCGACCACCGAACGACGGGAGAAAUGGGCUAUUAUCAGGGCAGGAAUCGAACACCCCCUGCUUUUAUACGGUACUGGAACUGCUGAGGACGAUGGAUAGUUGAUUAUAAUUGGACCGAGGGAAGUGAACCAGUCAUGGAGAAGAGAGAGAAAAGUCACUAUAAAAACAAACUGGUGACGGACUCGCCGGAAUGCCAGACAGCAUUGUCUCGUUUCAUCAAAGAGAGAGAGAAUGAAAAAGCAGAUGCUCUUUUAACCCUCAUUAAAAACUCCAACCGCCUGGAUAUCCUCGUCAAAUAUCGAGAAAAUGAAGAUGAAACGCUUUUGCACACCGCGGUAAAAUACCAAGACGAUGAAAGCAUGGUUAAUCGUCUUGCAGAUCUGUGCCCGCAACUUCUUACGCAGGCGCGGGAGAACUCGGAAGAGUAUAAGGGGCAGACUGCUUUUCAUAUAGCAAUUACUAAAGGUAACGCAAUGGCUGUGGAAGCCAUGCUAGAGCAAGCAAAAAAAGGUAAAUCUUCGGAUAUCUUAAACAGAAUGAUGUAUACAGAGGCAACUGGAACGAGAUUUGUCAAUACAGUGAUGAUGGGCGGAAUACCGCUAAGUGUCGCAGCUUUGGCAUUUAGGGAGGAUAUAGUUCAAACUCUUAUUGAAAAUGACGCAGAACUCGAAUUCACAAACGAGGAUGGUGAUACUGUGUUGCAUUCCUUAAUCAAAUACGCGGCCAUUUAUCCUGAAAAAGGAAAUGACGUUGUGUUAAUGCUGCAGCAUCUUCAACAGAAAGUGAUGGAAAAGGGACAAACGGAGCGUAUGUUUUCAGAUGACAGCGACAGCCUACAUUAUAAGUACCAAUACACAUAUGUAUGGUUCAUACGAAAUAGCGAACACCUCACUCCUUUACAGUUAGCAGCUAAACACGGCGUCGUGGAAGCAUUUAACUAUAUCAUGAAUAUGGAGAAUGUCUAUUGCUUCUUUAGUACACACGAUGGUCUCUUCGACAUCAAAAUGUAUGACGUGACGGAAGUAGACUCAAUCGCCAAUAUUAGAGCAGCGGCUUCAAAUAAUGGGUCAACGAAGAAGACGCAUAGUCGUGGAGCCGUUAUCCCUAAACGCGAGGGAAUCGCUAACAAGCCAUUGCGGAAGUCCAAACAACAACAGUGUGUGCCAUGUGGCGGAGAAUAUCCAGAGACGGAAAGUAUUCUUGAAAUGAUGUUCAACAACAGCUACCAUUCGAAAGACGCCUUCCGGUUAAUUGAAAUGCCUCCUGUGAAGAAUCUUGUUCGUGCGAAGUGGACAUUUUAUAGAUGGAUCUACUACUUGUGGUUUUGCUUUCAUGUACUUUUUAUUAUCGGUCUGACGUCGUAUGCUGUAGUGAGACCACAGAUAUACUACAACACAUCCGGCAAAUCUCGGGCAGAUCGGGAAGCAGAUAAUUCUUCUGUACAUUCCUUUGUCACUGUAUUCCACUGGUUGGCGUUUGUGUGUGGCUUGCUCUAUGUUGUUGUAUCAAUUUUACUAUUUGUGCCAAAAUUUCGCCGCUCAAAUGCCCGUCAGUAUUUUCUACAUAACCUUGAGUAUAUUGUGAUACUUACCGUGCACUCCAGCUGUAUCGUCAUAGAUACGUUUAUGACAGCAUCAGACGAUUCUCACGAUGGAAUUCCUCUUAUUAUCGCCUUGAUUACCGGAUGGUGGUUCACUGUUUUCUUCCUGCGACCUCAGAGGAUAUUCAGCUUCUUUACGGAAUUGAUAAAACGUGUAAUAAUAGGGGAUCUAUUCAGGUUUGGUAUUGUGCUGCUAUUUGAACUCAUUUCCUUUACAGCAGGAAUGCACAUCCUCUUCCAAGUGGACGUUAUUUCAACCACCGGUGGGAGCGUUGAUAAGUCCGACUACUCUUCUUACUGGACCACUAUGUUAGCCAUGUUUAAACUCAUGCUCGGCCUGGACGACAUUGAUUCCUUGUACGACUCCCGAGUACCUUGGCUGUCUGUGACGCUAUUUGUGGUAUUCGUGAUACUCUCGUAUAUUCUUCUGCUGAAUGCCCUGAUAGCAAUGGUGUCACAGACGUGUGCUAUCGUUCUUGAAGACAGAUAUCCGCAGUGGCGAGUACAACAACUAUCUGUGAUAUUGUUUUUAGAAGACAUUUUUUGUUCUUGUUGUCUAAAUAGAGCUUUACCUUGUCAUGCGGAAGCCAGAGAGAUUCGUGGUUUUGAUACAGUUACGAAACAGAACAAGUCAGAUAAACGUUUCCUUUACGAAAUUCAUUCCUUACAAAUGGAAUAUGCAACCGAGGAGGACAAAUCUGGAGUAAUGAAAACAGUGCGAGUGGUCCCCAAUCCGAUGGAAACGAUGGCGAAUAUGACGACACCAAUGGACUUAAACGAGAGUAUCGUACAGUGGAAAGACACGGAAUACCUGAAUCCGAGACGUGGAGGAACAUUUUCUUCCAUGAUCACGAGAAAGAGAAUCUCUGGUUCGCUCUCUGGUAUGAACACUAGAUUUCAAAAUAAACCUAAGAAACAAAAAGCGUUGGACGUUUUACCAGAGGUAGAGGGUGAAACGGAAAUAGACACCCCUCCUAGAGCGAGAAAACGUGGCAAAUCCCCGAAACCCAUACCAACGGUUUUACAAAGUGAGGAUAGUCCGAUUUUGAGCAAAAAAGCUUCAAAGCGAAAAAGACACAAAUCGGAAAACUUACACGAAAAGAAAUCACCAUCACCUACAAUGGUACAUCCAGGAUCUGCCGGUGCUUUGUAUUCGUCAGCCCCAGAAGGUCUGCCUUCUGUUGUUGAUAGUCGCGAGGUAGAUAUCCAAACAGUGCAUUCCUCCCACGUCUACUAG